GCAUGCACCUUGUGCAUUACAUAUGUAGGUGUAUACUAUGUAUUUCUAUACUGAUUUGACAUUUUUCGUGGCAAAUUGGUUGCUAAAUAAUGCUACCUUCCAUAAUUAUUUGACAAUUUGUUGUAAAAUGUGUAUUGUUACAGGAACAAUGCCACCCAAGCCCAGCCAGCGCCUGUCAGCGAAGCGCAGGAGAGUCAAUUCUCCGGGUAGCUCAGAAGCUCCCAAUUUCACAUGUGCAAGUGAUUCAGUGCGAAAUGAUCCGAAUCCCAUUCAAUCAAGUUCAAGUGGAGUGAACACUUUAGCCUCACAAAUAAACUAUGCAGAAUUAGCAAAGCAUAUAGUUGCCCAACAGAGACAACAAGGAACAGAAAUUCAGCAGGAGGCAUCAGCACAGCCACAAACUAUGACUGACAGUACACCCGUGAGCUCAUCUAUGUUAAAUGGCAGUGAGGGAAAUCAGGAUGUGUCGGCCUCCAACUUAAGUUCCUUGUUGGACAAUGUUUUCACAGGAGGCUCGUCGUCUGGCGCCACUCCUGGACAUACAACCAACGACGGUUCCUCCACAGCUGUUGCAAAUUUGAGUUCUGUCACCCAGACAAUCUUAAGGGCUUCUUUGUCAGUUUCAACUAGGGUUGCAUACAAACACUCAUGGGAGCUGUACAGGGCGAUGUCUCCAAAUAUAGUUUCACUACCUCUGCCUUUGCAGAGCAUUUGUAAUUUUAUAGGAUAUCUGUUUGAAAAACAGUAUAAUGCCAGUAGUAUUGCCUCUCAUAUCUCAGCUCUCAGCUAUGUUCAUAAGCUCUUGGAUGUUAAAGACCCUACUCAAUCUUUCAUUGUAAAGAAACUUUUGAGGGGAUGUCACAAGCUAAAUCCUUCUAAGGAUUCUAGAUUGCCCGUUACGAAAGAAAUACUUUGUAAAUUACUUAAUGCCACAGACUUUACUGUUCCCCAGGCUCUCAACAAAUUGUUACUCAAAGCUCUGUAUUUACUUAGCUUUAAUGCUUUCCUCCGUUUAGGUGAAGUUGUCAUCAAAUCACCCUCAGACUGCAUUAAGGUAAUUCAGGUUCAAGAUGUUUCCUUCCAAAUGAAAGGAAAAGACCCACUUUCUCUUCAAAUAGCCAUACACCACCACAAAUCUCAAAAGAACAGUGACCCUGUCAUUAUCACAAUUCAAAGUAACCCACAUAGUGCACAUUGCCCAGUGCUUAGUCUCUAUCGCUAUAAAAGCUCCUUUCCACAUACAUCAGGUCCAUUAUUUCAAUUCACCAGUGGGGUUCCAGUUCCUUAUUCUUAUGUUUGUGGGCAGCUGUCCAAAGCAGCAAUAUUUGCAGGUCUUGACCCCAGACGUUACAAAGGUCAUAGUUUUCGCAUUGGAGCUGCCACUCAUGCUGCUCAGUUAGGUUUCUCAGAAAAUUAUAUUCAGCAUUUAGGUCGUUGGAAUUCAAAUGUGUUACAUCGGUACAUAAGAAUACAAUCUUUCAAACUAUAAGCUAGCACAUUUUGCAAUUACUAUAACAUUGACUAAAUACAUUAAAGCAGGUCAGUGUCUCACUGCUGCUUUAAGCGUCAUAACAUUUGUACAUGUGGGUCAUUUCCAUGUCUUAUUUAUAUAUAUUUUUAUUUCGGGUGAACCAUUCACUACUGUUAGAUCAUGUUUGUUAACAUCAAAAUUCCUUUGAGUUUUCUGGAACGAUUAUUUGAUGCAUAUAUGUAUUUCUGUAGAUUGACCGACUUGCCGGCAUUCAUGACUUUACUUUGUUUAUGGUUUUGAUCUUAUGAACAUAUACUCAUUCCUUUUUGCAUAAGAAGCCACAUGCUUGAUAUCAGGACAGUGUUUCACUGCUGUUAUCAUUACAUGUUUUCUGUUAUAAAAUGUAUUCUCAUUUAGUUGUGAUUGAUUCUAGUCUUCAGCAAGGUUGCAUGUUUAUUUAGAUUAUUAGUCUUAGUCUACUUUGUACAUUUCAACGUGUUAUUUGACAGGCCAGUGUCUCACUGCUGUCAUCCAUUUUUAAGAAAUUGUUAUUUUGAAUUUGUGUUAUUUGCUUUAUGUAUUAUUCCCGAUUGUUGAAACUACUCAGGAAGGUUUUCUUUGUGAAAGUGAUGAGGGUUGAUAUUAAUGUCCAUACCUGUAUUUUGUUGCUCGCAAGCUCACCUUAGAUGGCACGGGAUGUGAUCUGUUGAUCUCAUCUUGUGGCCAAUUUUUUGAUGUACCAUCUUUUUGCUGCAUCUUUGUAAGGUUGUUUUUUAUUGUAGUUGAUGUAGACUUUUAUAGAUAAAUUUGGGGGAUCAGACAUAUUGAAUUAUUUUGUCAUUGUUUAUUUUCUUUCUCUAUUUCAGUGACAUUUUCAGUGGAUUGUUUGUGAGUCUGAUCCCCUUGUUAGUAGUUUGUUAUCUAGUUCGUCAUUUGAAUAAAUGACAUUUUUCAUCCUCAAUUUGCCUUAUGUUUAUAUCUAAUAUGAUACAGCAAAAACUAGCUUCGGUGACCUUUCUCAGCAUUUUAAGACAUAAAACAACAAUUAUUAAAAUAAUUGUAUUUAUGAUUUAAAUGCGUAUUUUUAUGUUUUUAAGGUGAUUUUUGUAACAUACAUUUAAGAUUUGUUUCUAUUCUCCCAAACUCAAUACUUUAUAAUAUUAUCCAAUCAGCAUUCAGUAAUUAAUCACGUGACUCCAAAUUAGCGUCACUCUACAAUUUUGACUUGCUUGUAGGCAGACGUGGCUGCAAAUAAAGUGUGAUCUGUAUUUUAUACCCACCAUCCACCCCUUCAUUCCUGCCAUGUAAUUGUCUUUCUAGUCCCUAUCAAUUUUUGAUGUGCCAAUUUUUUGAUGUGCCAUCUUUUUGCUGCAUCUUUGUAAGGUUGUUUUUUAUUGUAGUUGAUGUAGACUUUUAUAGAUAAAUUUGGGGGAUCAGAAAUAUUGAAUUAUUUUGUCAUUGUUUAUUUUCUUUCUCUAUUUCAGUGACAUUUUCAGUGGAUUGUUUGUGACUCUGAUCCCCUUGUUAGUAGUUUGUUAUCUAGUUCGUCCUUUGAAUAAAUGACA